CCCUCAGCGGGCUCUGCCCCCUGCCAAGAUGGCGGCGGCGGCCUCAGGCGGUGGCGGGGCCGGUUCGCUCCCGCUGCUGCCGCUGCUCCUUCUCCUCCGGCUGCUCCCGGCCGCUCCCGCCGGSAUGCUGCAGCCCCGGGACACGCCGUCCCGCGAACGCAGGGAGCUCGGCGGCCUCUGGAGCUUCCGCGCCGAUCUGUCUCCGGGCAGGGACGCGGGCUUCGCGCAGCGCUGGUACCGGCGGCCGCUCCGGCAGACCGGCCCCGUGAUUGACAUGCCWGUGCCUGCCAGCUUCAACGACAUCACGCAGGACCCCAGCCUGGAGAAUUACAUCGGCUGGGUGUGGUACGACAAGGAGGUGCUGCUCCCCCUGCGCUGGCUGCAGGGCGAUCCCGCCCCCAGGGUGGUGCUGCGCUUCGGCAGCGCCCAUUACUACUCCAUCGUGUGGGUGAACGGGGUGCAGGUGGUGGAGCACGAAGGGGGGCACCUGCCCUUCGAGGCUGACAUCAGCAGUGUGGUGCAGAGCAGCCCGGGAGCCCUGUGCCGCAUCACCGUCGCCCUCAACAACACCCUGACCCCCCACACGCUGCCCCCGGGCUCCAUCCAGUACAUGACUGACAAAACAAGGUACCCCAAGAACUACUUUGUGCAGAACAUCAAGUUUGAUUUCUUUAAUUAUGCCGGGAUCCACCGCCCCGUUGUGCUUUACACCACCCCUGCUGCCUACAUAGAUGACAUCACUGUGACAACYACGUCAUCAGAGAGCAUUGCCAUGGUGCAGUAUCAGGUGUCAGUGGUCGGCAGCACAGCCUAUUCCUUGUCGCUGAGUUUACGUGACCAGGAGGGGAAAGAGGUUGCCACAGGUGAUGGCCCGGUGGGAGAGCUCAAAGUCCUCAACCCAAACCUCUGGUGGCCCUAUCUGAUGCACGAGAACCCUGGAUACCUGUACUCCUUGGAGGUGAAGAUGCAGGCGCAGGUGGCCGGGGCGCUGCUGGAGGACAUUUACACACUGCCCGUGGGCAUCCGCACCGUCCACGUCACCAGCACCCAGUUCCUCAUCAACGGGAGGCCCUUCUACUUCCACGGGGUCAACAAGCACGAGGAUGCAGAUAUCCGUGGCAAAGGCCUGGACUGGCCCCUGAUUGUGAAGGACUUCAACCUGCUGCGCUGGCUGGGGGCCAACUCGUUCCGCACCAGCCACUACCCCUACGCYGAGGAGAUCAUGGACCUGUGCGACGCCUACGGCAUCGUGGUCAUCGACGAGAGCCCGGGGGUGGGCAUCAAACUGCCGGAGAGCUUUGGCAACAAGUCCCUGCAGCAUCACCUGGCUGUGAUGGAGGAGUUGAUCCGCAGGGAUAAGAACAGGCCCUCGGUGGUGAUGUGGUCAGUGGCCAACGAGCCGGCGUCCGAGCUGCCCCCAGCAGCUCACUACUUCAAGACAGUGAUAGCUCACACUAAAGCUCUUGACCCCUCCAGACCCGUCACCUUUGUGACAGAUGCUAAUUACGCUCUUGAUCACGGUGUAAGUUCGCUUUAUUUUCUAGCUUUUUCUUUUUUUUUUAGAAUUCAUACAUUAAAUUUCCUCCUCUUGUCACUUUACAGCCCUUUCCCCCUAAAUUCACUGGGGKUAUUUAACAAGGGGAAGGCAGAAGAAAAGUUAUGAUUUUGCUUCUACUAA